AUGACAUUGCAGCCACGCUAUUACGCCCACUACCUCUCACAUCGCGGAUUCCACGAAUCGCAUCCAGGAUGUCCCAACUCGCUCGGCUGCCUAGCUGAUGUCGAUACCGCACCAGCCGAUCAACCUGAGACGCUCGUGCGGUGCGCUAUCCUUGGCAGCGGGAAAGGACACCUGAGCGUCGAUGACAUACUUGCCGCAUUGAAAGGCAAGUAUCCGUUCUACAAGAACGAUGGGCGCGAGUAUGAUCUCAAACUUUCCAUUACUUAUACACUGGCGACGAGUCCGGAAUUCGUACGGCAGAGCGACGGCUUGAAAAUUGUCUGGGCUGUGAUCGACGUCCAUGCCCACAGCGAGCGAUUGGAUUUGGCAAUGCAAAGACCGAUGCAGAAUGCGCGUGCAUACGCGUACUCGACGUUGAUUGGCGCAUUACCCACGCCUGUCACUACAUCACAUCCGUUGGGCAGACCCCCUGGAGAGCCUUUCGAUGGUCCCGGACCUGACCCAGCGCCAGCCAGCCGACUCUCAUCGAUAUCCUCCGUCGACUUCGUAGAACCUCCGGUUUCACCCCCACGUGUCUCGAACCCUGGUCCUCCUGGCGAAUAUACUGGAGCGCCUGCCUUACUUAUUGAUGAAGAUGGGCAGCAUCCACCUCACCCCGAUUGCCCCAGUUCCCUCAGCUGCCUACAGGAUACCAAUGGCAAACCGAGGUAUACCCUGCCGAUUAUCAUCCGGGCGGCGAUCCUGGGGAGCACAUGGGGGCGCCUUACAAUUACGGACAUCUACGCAGCCAUCAUCCAGAAGUAUCCACACUUUGCAGCAUUACCGCCAGACGACUCAUGGAAGGUGUGUAUGAACCUCCAACGUAGUAUCAUCUUGGAUGCUCACGAGAUGUAA